CCAGCUCCCUGCCCCCUGCCCUGGGGAACACUUGCCCUGUGGGGACAUGAACAGUGUUUGCUGCCUGGUCCUGGUCGCUCUGAGCCUGUGGCCAGAUAGAGCUGCUGCCCCAGGGCCACCUCCUGGCCCCCCACGGGCCUCCCCAGACCCUCGGGCUGAGCUGGACAGCGCCGUCCUCCUGACCCGCUCCCUCCUGGCGGACACCCGGCAGCUGGCUGCACAGCUGAGAGACAAAUUUCCAGCCGACGGAGACCACAACCUGGACUCUCUUCCCACCUUGGCCAUGAGUGCAGGGGCGCUGGGAGCCCUACAGCUCCCAGGUGUGCUGACACGGCUGCGGGCGGACCUGUUCUCCUACCUGCGGCAUGUACAAUGGCUGCGCCGGGCGGGGGGCCCUUCCCUGCGGACCCUGGAGCCAGAGCUGGGUGCCCUGCAGGCCCGGCUGGACCGCUUGCUGCGCCGGCUGCAGCUCCUGAUGUCCCGCCUGGCCUUACCCCAAGCACUCCCAGACCCACCAGCUCCCCCGCUAGCCCCCCCGGCUUCAGCCUGGGGAGGCAUCAGGGCAGCCCAUGCCAUUCUUGGGGGGCUGCACCUGACACUUGACUGGGCUGUGCGGGGCUUGCUGCUGCUGAAGACUCGGCUGUGACCUGCCACCCAGAACCAUCAAUGUCCUUCAAUGCCACAUCUUAUUUAUUUAUUUAUUUUGGGACUGGGGGCAUGGCAGCCGGAAGACACCCUCUCUUUUUCUCCCCCUAAAUAGAGACAGUCACUCCAGGAGACCAGGGCAGAGUAGGGGGGGGUAUCUGUGCCUUAUUUAUACUUAUUUAUUUAAGGGGGUGGGUGGGAGGCAGGUGAACUUGAGGACCAAAGGGGCAGGGAACUGGAGUCCUGGAUUCUUGAAUCUCUUAAGAAGUCUGGCCACAGUGUUUCCUUGUCCCUCAACCCUCUGGGCCUGGGCAAGAACCUAUAUUAUUUAUUAAACAAUUACUUUUUAUGUUGGGGUGGGGAGGGAAGGGAAAGGAGGUCUGGGUUUUUGUACAAAAAUGUGAGAAACCUUUGUAAGAUGGAGAAGGGGGAAUUAAAUUUG